GAUCAACCAAAACUUGGAUCAGAAGCUUCAGUACAAGUCUCCCUUGUGCCAGAGCAUUUCAGCAGUCGGCUCCAACUCGUCGUCUUCAUCCCCCGUUCUAAGCAUUCCAAUACAUUUCUUCUUCGAUCCAUCUUCGACCAUUAGAGAUCAUUUUUAUCUGUAUUCUUCUGAUUCUUCGUUUGGAUACUGAAUCUUUUAGUUUCGAUGUGCGAGAUUCCAACGCAUGUUAAACAGUGAGUUGCUUCUCAUCCUCAAGAUUGCAUCUUUCCGCUCCUUUAAGAUUUUUUGAUAGGAAGCCAUGGAGAAUUUUCUAUCUUUGGCAUCGAUUCUUUCACUUUCCUUUCUGUUGUUGUCAUUCGGGGCUUCAUCUCCUGUUCUAAGAAACGAUUCGAAGGUUUCACCACCUCCGGUUCCUUCUCGAUCGCGCGGCAUACCUCCUCCAAACCCUAACAGUUCGACGCGUCCAGCUGCUUCUAGCUCUGCGUCUUUGUCCAGCCACCUCAGCCAUAAUGCUAAUAGAAAUUCCACUUCCGGAGAGAAAGAAAAGAAAGGUGAUGGUUCAACAGGGAAUCCAACUGACGCCCAAAGCAAAGGAGGCGAUAAAGAUAGGAGUACCAGGCCUUCGAAGCCCAUAAAUGAUAAUGUUGUCAAGGAAGUGAACGAGACUUGUAAUUCUUCGUAUGUUAACUGUCACUGUGGAAAUUUAAUUGCUUGUCUUCUCCAUUCUGAAAAAGAUUCAAAAAAAUUAUCCCUUGUGAUUCAGAAUAUUGGAGAUGACACUUCUAAUGUGAAUAUUACAGGAAGAUCUGAUUUUCCUAUUUCUGUUAUACACAUAGCUAUAUCGAAACAUAUUUCCAAAAAGAUAGAUCUUCCAAGUGAUUGGAAUGUUACAGAAAUUUUAGUAGAUUCAGGAAGCAAUAAGUGUAGUAUUCAAAUUGAAGCUCCUGUUUCUGACCGGAAUUUCUUGCAACUCACAACUUCUGAGAUACUCCUGUCUCCAAUCUAUGGUGUUUAUCUUUUGGGUUUCACUGUGGUUCUUUUGGGAGCCAUAUGGGCCUGUUGCCAAUUUAGGAAGAGAUGGGAUGUUGAUGGUUCUGGAAUCCCAUAUCAGCAGAUUGAGCUGAGUGAUCAGCCCCAAUCGAGUGUCACAAUUAUCUCUAAUGCUGUCGAUGGCUGGGAUGAGUGGGACGACGAUUGGGAUGAUGAAGCAGUCACAAAGUCUGCAGAGAAACACCCAACUACGAGUGUUUUGUCAAAUGAUCUCACUUCAAGGACCCCGAAGAAAGACGGAUGGGAUUCUGCUUGGGAGGACUGACUUCCAGAAAGUUAAAAUGAAGAAGGAAAAAAUCAAUCUUGAUAAAGGUAAAGUUUUGCCUUUCAAUUUUCAAAGAACAGCGAUAUCACACGUGAAAUUUGCUUGAGCGUUUGUGCUAAAGCUUCUGUUAUAGUUGAGGUAAUUUUACCCUUCACAAAGAAGAUGAAAUUGACUCUUGGUAUAUUUUUGUUUACUCGAUUCAGUUUGCAUUUCAUAUAUUCAUUCCUUUAUUUUGGUCUUUGAUUGAGUUCAGUGCAUCAAUUAACAUAACUUGCUGCGUCUGUGCCAAUUUAGGCUGUUAAACACAAAUGUAAAGUUUUCUAAAGCUGUCUUUUUCAA